AUGGUCUUUUACUUUGCAUCCGGUGAUCAUGUCAUCUACAUGGGCAAGGACAAGUACGAGAAUGAAAAGCUGAUUGCUUUUGGCCAGCAAGACGACGUCUGGUUCCAUGUCGACAACUUGAGUUCAGCGCACGUCUACCUGAGACUGCGCGCAGGAGAGUCCUGGGAGAGCAUACCGGAAGACUUGCUCAAGGAUUGUGCACAAUUGACAAAGGCCAACUCCAUCGAGGGAUGCAAGAAGGACAAUGUCACCAUCAUCUACACUCCCUGGUCCAACCUCAAAAAGGAUGGCAGCAUGACUGAUGGGCAAGUCGGCUUUCAUCGAGACAAGGUAGUACGCAAAGUGUUUGUCAAGACAAGGGAAGGGCCGAUCGUAAACCGUCUCAACAAGACGAAGGAAGAGCGUCAUCCUGAUUUGCAGGAAGAGCAGCGACAGAACCAGGUCAAAAGGCAGCGAGAAGCCAAGGCACACUGGAACGUCCAGAAAAACAUUGAGGAGAAGCGUGCAAGAGAGCUCAAGGCCAUUGCCGAUGAGAAGAAGGCAGGCUACUCUUCAUUCUUGACUGAGGAAGCUAUUGAAGCUACAGCGAAUGAUCGUACCUCUGAUUAUGACCCAGAAGAAGACUUUAUGUGA